UGUCCGAAUACUGUAAACGCACCAUCACGAUCCAUAUUCUCCAUCUUUUUCUGUCCAAGUGACUUGACAAAGGCGCGCCCUGCUUCUCCACUGUUACGGUUCGUCGCAGGCACACAUUCUCUAAAUCACAGACUUGAAGAGCUACAGUCAUGACAGACUCCAAAUAUUUCACAACAAACAAAAAAGGAGAGAUCUUUGAAUUGAAGGCGGAGCUGAACAAUGAGAAGAAGGAGAAGAGAAAAGAGGCAGUAAAGAAGGUCAUUGCUGCCAUGACUGUUGGCAAAGAUGUCAGCUCUUUGUUCCCAGAUGUGGUGAACUGCAUGCAGACUGACAACCUGGAGCUAAAGAAGCUGGUCUACCUUUAUCUAAUGAACUAUGCCAAGAGCCAGCCAGACAUGGCCAUCAUGGCUGUCAACAGCUUUGUUAAGGACUGUGAAGACCCCAAUCCUCUGAUCCGGGCCCUGGCCGUGCGCACCAUGGGCUGUAUCAGAGUGGACAAGAUCACAGAAUACUUGUGUGAGCCGCUAAGGAAAUGCCUGAAGGAUGAAGACCCAUAUGUAAGGAAGACUGCAGCGGUCUGUGUGGCCAAACUUCAUGACAUCAAUGCCCAGAUGGUGGAGGACCAGGGUUUCCUGGACUCACUGAGAGAUCUCAUUGCCGACUCCAAUCCAAUGGUUGUGGCGAAUGCAGUUGCUGCCCUGUCAGAAAUCAGUGAGUCUCACCCCAACAGCAACCUGCUUGACCUGAACCCCCAGAAUAUCAACAAGCUGCUGACAGCCCUCAACGAAUGCACAGAGUGGGGACAAAUCUUCAUUCUAGACUGUCUGUCCAACUACAACCCCAAGGAUGAACGAGAAGCCCAGAGCAUCUGUGAGCGUGUUACCCCUCGGCUGUCUCAUGCAAACUCCGCUGUGGUGCUGUCAGCUGUUAAGGUACUGAUGAAAUUUUUAGAACUGCUGCCCAAGGACUCGGACUACUACAACACCUUGCUGAAGAAGUUGUCCCCACCCUUGGUCACCUUGCUCUCUGGAGAGCCUGAGGUCCAAUAUGUGGCCCUGAGGAACAUUAACCUCAUUGUCCAGAAAAGACCCGAGAUCCUGAAGCAGGAGAUCAAGGUGUUCUUCGUCAAGUACAAUGACCCAAUCUAUGUAAAGCUGGAGAAACUGGACAUAAUGAUCCGCUUGGCAUCUCAGGCUAAUAUAGCCCAGGUGCUGGCUGAACUGAAGGAAUAUGCUACUGAGGUGGAUGUUGACUUUGUACGCAAAGCUGUACGAGCCAUUGGACGCUGUGCCAUUAAAGUGGAGCAAUCAGCUGAGCGCUGUGUCAGCACCCUGCUGGACCUGAUCCAGACCAAAGUCAAUUAUGUGGUUCAGGAGGCCAUUGUUGUCAUCAGGGAUAUCUUUCGCAAAUAUCCCAACAAGUACGAAAGCAUCAUUGCAACCCUAUGUGAGAAUCUGGACUCUCUGGAUGAGCCAGAUGCUCGCGCUGCCAUGAUCUGGAUUGUAGGCGAGUAUGCAGAGAGGAUCGACAAUGCUGAUGAACUACUGGAGAGCUUUCUGGAAGGCUUCCAUGAUGAGAGCACCCAGGUCCAGCUCACGCUGCUGACUGCCAUUGUCAAACUGUUCCUCAAAAAGCCAUCUGAGACCCAGGAGCUGGUACAGCAGGUCCUCAGCCUCGCUACGCAGGACUCUGACAACCCAGAUCUGCGAGACAGGGGCUACAUUUACUGGCGCUUGUUGUCCACUGACCCAGUGACGGCCAAGGAAGUGGUGCUGUCAGAAAAGCCUUUAAUUUCUGAGGAAACGGACCUGAUUGAGCCCACCCUCUUGGACGAACUCAUCUGUCACAUUGGUUCCCUGGCCUCUGUGUAUCACAAACCUCCCAACGCCUUUGUGGAGGGCAGCCAUGGAAUCCACCGGAAACACCUCCCUGUCCAGCACAGCAGUAUUGAUACAGGUGAGAGCCCUGUUAGCAGUGGGCCAGCGGCAGCCAUGGACCAACCACAUGUCAUCCCCAGCCAGGGAGACCUACUAGGUGACCUCCUCAACCUGGACUUGGGCCCCCCAGUCAAUGUGCCCCAGGUCUCCUCCAUGCAAAUGGGUGCAGUGGACCUGCUAGGAGGAGGCUUGGACAGCUUGCUUGGGGGAGACCUGGGCGGAGGUGUUGGGGGAAGUCCAGCAGUAGGACAGAACUUCAUCCCAUCAUCUGUCCCCAGUACUUUUGCUCCGUCACCCACACCAGCUCCUCCUGCUGUGAGCAGCGGCCUCAAUGACCUGUUUGAGCUCUCCACAGGCAUGGCCAUCACCACUGGAGGCUAUGUCACUCCAAAAGCAGUAUGGCUUCCUGCAGUGAAAGCUAAAGGCCUAGAGAUAUCUGGAACAUUCUCUCGUCGUCAGGGCCACAUGUACAUGGACAUGACCUUUACCAAUAAGGCUCUGCAACACAUGACUGACUUUGCCAUCCAGUUCAACAAGAACAGUUUUGGGGUGAUUCCUACCAGUCCCCUGCCUAUUCAUACUCCACUGAUGCCUAGUCAGAGUAUUGACAUCUCAUUGCCUCUCAACACCAUUGGACCAGUUAUGAAGAUGGACCCCCUCAAUAAUCUACAGGUGGCUGUAAAGAACAACAUUGAUGUCUUUUACUUCAGCGUUCUCAUUCCUCUCAACAUUUUCUUCGUGGAAGAUGGAAAAAUGGAACGACAGGUGUUCCUGGCCACCUGGAAAGACAUCCCCAGAAACGAGCUCCAGUACCAGAUAAAAGAGUGCCACCUAAAUGCAGACACAGUGUCAGGGAAGCUGCAGAAUAAUAACAUCUACACUAUUGCCAAGAGAAAUGUGGAGGGCCAGGAUAUGCUCUACCAGUCCCUCAAGCUGACCAAUGGCAUCUGGAUUUUAGCUGAACUCCGCAUUCAGCCCGGCAACCCCAACUACACGUUGUCACUGAAGUGUCGGGCCCCUGAAGUCUCUCAGUACGUCUACCAGAUGUAUGACUCUGUGCUGAAGAACUGAGCCCAGUCUCUUCCAAGCAUAUCUGCUUCAUCCUGAAAAACUAACAGCAGUGUUUAAUGAUUUUCUACCAUCUACUGCACUUUUCAGAACAAGGGAAUCCAACAAAAAUCAACAACGGAAAAUAAAUCAAAUAAUACAUGCAGCAGGCCAGAUGUCAUCUUGGCUCAUUGCAGAAAUAUCCAUGAAUUCCCUUAGUUUGUCUAUUUAAAGUGUUUAUUCCUGUGGUUACACCCCCGUUUGGAUCCUACCUCCAGUAAAAUUGUGCCAUUCCAUCCUUAAGUAGUGUCUUAAUGUUAUAAAGAUGUGACAAAUGCUCAAAGUGUCCUGAGUGGAAAAAAUGACCCAGUUUCAUUAAAGCCAUUGCUCCUUAUGUCUUGUUUGGCUUGCACUUGUUGACUGCCUUUUUUUUACUUACUGUUUUGCGUCAGUUUCAUUUUGUAGCAGAAUGUUGGUUUUGUUACAGUGACCAUGCUUCCAUUGUCAUGGGUGUUUGAAGCAAACUUUUGAAAAGCUGCAACAAAUGAUAAAAAAAUAAAAUAUCCAUAUCCAUAAACCUGAUUUGGAGCAAAUGAACUAUAAACAUUUACAACAAUUACAAUGUUAGAAUAUUUUUUCACCUUCAUUAAUAAAAUGAAGUAAUACAAUAAAACAUUGAAACAUUUAAAUGAUUAGCUGACAAUAUACGCCAAAUAAACCCCCCCAAAAAAUGCAUACUAUGAUGAUAGUUACUUCUGUUAUUUUUGAGCCAUACCCCAAAACCCAUCAGGAACCAUUUUGGUUUGAAUAUCCUCACCUUGACAAAAUAAUGGCCAAAGUCAUCAUUUCCAAGUUUUUCAAAAACUGAAACCAAAUAUGAGCAUAUUUGGGUUUAUUUUUCGUGUUCACUCCACUGUGCCACUGAGGGUUUGAAGUACUAGCAAACACCCAGUACAUGUGUAUUUUCUUUAGAAAUCCGCUCACUGCAAACAUAGUUGUAUUAGCUUUGAAAAUCCAUACUGUCAUUCCUUUUUAUGUUGCUACUACCUCUGUUUCCAUUUAGUUUCAAAAGGCUUGGUUUUAGGCUGUUAUUAAAUUUUCUAUCCUUUUCUGUGUGCUUGACCUUUUCUUUUGGUUCAACUCUUGUUUUAUCAGACAUGCUACGGAACCAGUCUAAACACCUGCUAAACCAAAUUCACUGAACAAGGCGUCCAUUCCAAUGUUGCCAAUUGAAAUGCCAAGUCUGUUUUAUUAAUCUACUGUCAGCAUAAUCCCUGCUCCUUAUAUAGGCCUUGUGUUCCCAAAAGCAAGAGUUGCCCUAGUACAGUGUAGUCCAGUGAUGAUGUAGGUUGUGUAGUCUGUGAAUAAAGAUAUACAUUGAUAUAACCCUCUGUGUCUCAAUCUAUUCACACAAAAAGGUUUUACUUUUAUUUGUGACAAAUAUAUCACUCUUUUAUCACUUAAUAGUGGUAAAUCAUGAAAUGUGCGCAUGAGUUCACACUUGUCUUUGUUUAAGUUGUGGAUGUGCUUUGCUAAAAAUUUGAUCCUUUCUCAAUCUGUGCUCCUGUUCCUGUUAUAUAGACAGAACAGGUUCUAGAACUAUAUUUUGUUAGUUUUUCUUGAAAACUCCUAAAAAAAUAAAAGUUUAUUAAAAACUUUCCAGCAAAACAGAAUGUGUUCAGGGAAUUAUAACAUCUGAGGAAAUUAAAUGGUGUAAUUGCUGUAACCUUGUAAAUAAUUUGUUACUGCAAAAGCUGUCACUGUAUCACAUCACACAUCAAUAAAAUGUCCCAAUUUA